AUGUCUACCCCUGCUCAGAGAUUGCAACAUCUUGCUCAGAUCAUUGGAUCUCAGACUUCUGCUGAGAAGUCCUUGCUGCCUCCGCUGCCUUUCAAGAUCGCCGUCAUUGGUUCUGGUAACUGGGGUACCACCAUUGCCAAAAUCCUUGCGGAGAAUGCUUCUGCUAGACCUCACUUGUUUAAACACUUUGUGGAUAUGUGGGUGUUUGAGGAGAAGGUGGACGGCCGUAACUUGACCGAGAUCAUCAACACGGACCACGAAAACGUCCGCUACCUUCCUGGCGUUAAGCUUCCUCAGAACUUGAGGGCUUUGCCUGAUAUUGUCAAGGUGGCUGAGGACGCUGACCUUUUGGUGUUCAACUUGCCCCACCAGUUCUUGCCUAAGGUGUGUAAGCAGUUGAAGGGCCACGUCAAGCCUACUUGCAGAGCCAUUUCUUGUCUUAAGGGCUUGGAGGUUACGCCUGAGGGCUGUAAGUUGUUGAGCACUGUCAUCACCGAAGAGUUGGGUCUUUCUUGUGGUGCUCUUUCCGGUGCCAACUUGGCUCCAGAGAUUGCCAGAGGUAAAUGGUCUGAAACAACCGUCGCAUACACCAUUCCUAAGGACUUUAAGGGUGCUGGCUACGAUAUUGAUCUUUUCGUGCUUAAGGCUGCUUUCCACAGACCUUACUUCCACGUUAACGUGGUGGAGGACGUUGCUGGUGUUUCUGUCGCUGGUGCUUUGAAGAACAUUGUCGCUUUGGCUGUUGGUUUCGUCGAAGGCUUGGGCUGGGGUGACAAUGCCAAGGCUGCCAUUAUGAGAGUUGGUCUUUUGGAGACCAUCAAGUUCUCCCAGACCUUUUUCCCUCAAUCCCAGGCUGGUACCUUCACUAAAGAGUCUGCCGGUGUGGCUGACUUGAUCACAACGUGCUCUGGUGGCCGUAACGUCAAGGUUGGUCGUUACAUGGCCGAGACCGGAGAAAGCGCUGAGGUUGCUGAGAAGAAGUUGUUGAACGGCCAAUCUUCCCAGGGUAUCAUCACCGCCCGUGAGGUGCACGAGUUGUUGACCAACGUGAACAAGACCACCGAAUUCCCAUUGUUCGAGGCCACCUACCAGAUCAUCUACGGUACCGAGAGUAUCGAGAACUUGCCUAAGUUGUUGGAAACUUGCGAUUAA